UUCUUCGUUUGUUACUUGAGCAAGAAAGUCCUUUAUAUUAACUCAGCUAUGGAAGAAGCUUCUCUUCUGUUCAUUGAAAUUUUAUCAAAAUGCAAAGCUGCAAAAAUAGAUCCCUUACAGCUAAAAUCCUCAAAAGUUUUGAUAACAAGGCAAAAAUGUCAUUUGACUAAAAAAGAAAUAUACGUUUUAAUAACUAUUAUCCUUGCAUCUAUUGUCUGGUUAUUAUGUCCGUUUUAUCCAAAUAACAGUCAGUGCUCCAUUGGUUUCCCCGAUAACAUUCGCAAAGCAUUUAGACCACCUGUGAAAUGUGAUUUUUGUCAAGGUGUUUCAAACAUUCAAAAAGUCAAAAGAAUUUCUAGUGAGGAUUUUGAACAAAAAUUCGCAUACUCUGGUGUUCCUGUGGUUGUAACAGAUGCAACAGUAAAUUGGACUUCAUUAUCGACUUUUGACUUCUGGUACUUCAAAGACACGUAUAGUCUGGCAAAGCAUAAGAACAAAAUUUUGAACUGCCAGUUUUUUCCCUACAAAUCUGGAUUCAGAAAUUUGUUCGAAGCCUUAGAAAAUCCACCAGAACAUUUCCAUUCUAAUGAAAAGGCAUGGUACUUUGGUUGGAGUAAUUGCAAUCCUGAAACUGCUGAACAGUUACGACAGCACUAUGGACGUCCGUAUUUUCUUCCUGAAACUUCCGAAAACAAUGCAGUUGAUUGGAUUUUUAUGGGAACUUCAGGAUUGGGAGCACAUAUGCAUGUAGAUAAUGUGCGAUUGCCAUCCUGGCAAGCCCAAUUGGCUGGAAGUAAAAAAUGGAUUUUAAUGCCCCCACCCGAGUGUUAUUUUUGGUGCAAUCGUGUGGAAAUUGUUAUGGACGAAGGAGAUAUAAUUAUUAUAGACACGAACAAAUGGUACCAUCAAACUAUUGUUCUGCCUGGAAAAAUUAGCAUAACUAUUGGAGCUGAAUAUGAUUAAAUUUAUUAUGAUUUA